AUGUAAAGAAAAAAUAUUAUUUUCUUUACUUUAAAUAUUCCCUAUAUUUAUAAUUUAUAUAGACAACAUAGGAAACCUUUUUUAUUCGGUUUGUUAUAUCUGGUUGAUAGAUAAGAUUGUCUAGCUGUCACGACGAAACAAUUAUUGAUUAAUAUUUAAAAGAUAGUUAUUUAAGAAAUUAUUUGUGAUUUUGGAUUCGACACUGGAAUUAAUAACAUUAAAUGUCGUUUCUUUUAUUACAGAGAAACUCAAUUGUGUUUUAAUUGAUUGUGUCGUCUAAAUCACAAGAAAAUUUUAUCUUACAAAACGACAUUUCUUGUCAAAAAAAAAAAAAAAAAAAUAAAAAAAUGGAAAAGCUGAAAUUUUCAUUUCAAGUAAAACCAACGCCAGACGGAAAGUCAAACUAUAUUGCCAUAACCUCAAUUUUCACACAAGAUGAAAAAGUUUUCCUGGUGCCUGAAGAAUAUCAAGCAGCAUCACUUCACAAACAUAUCCUAACCUCUAAAGCUUACGCUACAGUGAGAAAUUCAUUAAAAAAAGACAUCAGACUAGAAGUGUGUGGAUAAAAACAACAAAAGAUAUCUUAGAAACAUACUUUGAUGAAGCUGAGAACAUGAUUUUUCAAGACCAAUUUUUAGAGGAAAUUACACAAGGACAGUUGGCUGCUAUCAAUAAAAAUAACUCAGAAGAUCCUAUGGUGAAAAUUUUGGAACAAUUGGUUGAUGAUCAACAAAAUAAAGAAAAACAAAGUAUUAAAAAACUAGCCGACAAAUUUGUAAUAGAGAAAUUUGAUGGAAGAAAUAUAAGUGCCUCACACUGGAUGGAAGUAUUUGAAAAAGAAUGUGCAAGGUUUGAAUUAGUGAAAUGUGAAGAGAAAAUUGAAAUUUUCAGAUUAUUCCUAGAAAGAACGUGCACUGACUGGUACUCUUCCAUGAUGAUCAAGCAUGGUUUUCAAUCAAAGUGGUCGGAAUGGAAAUCAAAUUUUUUGCAAACCUAUGCUAAUAAAGGUUGGAGUACUAGCAAAUAUGCCUUAUCAUUCAGAUAUCAGUCAGGGUCUUUACUAGAAUAUGCAAUAAAAAAAGAGAGGCUUAUGCUUGAAAUUAGAAAAACAAUUGACCACGGGACCCUAAUUGACAUAAUUGCGGCCGGCUUACCAGAUUUUAUAACGGAAAGGAUUAAUAAAGAGGAAGUAAAACACACAAGCGACUUAUUUAAUGAACUUGGAAAGUUAGAACAUUUGGUUACAAAGAAGAAAUUUAUUAAAAAAAAAGAAGAUACUAAGCCGGUGAAAGAAAAUUGUAGCAUCUGCGAGAAGUUAAAGAAAGGAGUGCGCUAUCAUUCGGAAGAUUCAUGUUGGUUCAAAACAAGAAUUAAUAAUGAAAAAGAAAAAGAAAAGAAACAAAUAAAGCUCAUCAACAAUGCAGAAUUAGAAUGUGAACUACAAUAUCAAGACCCAAAAAACUAAUAGUGCCGCCAUUAAUUAAAGUGAAAUUAGUAUUGAAUAAAAACGUUGAAGUAUUUGGAAUCUAUGACUCUGGUUCUAAUGUGUCAUUGAUAAAUUCAAGAUUGCUGAAAAUAAACAAUAAGGAAUCGAGUUAUUUAAAUAAUACUAAUUUAAAAACGAUUAAUGGCGUAAAAAAGGCAAAAGGCUUAAUAGCACUUAAUAUAAGAAUUUUCAAUGUUGAUAAAACAAUGAAUGUGUUUGUAAUAGACGAAGAAAAUUUCGAUCAUGACUUCCUAAUUGGACUAGAUUGUAUAAAGGAGUUUUACUUAAUUCAAGAUGAAAACUUGGAAAUCAAUCAAAAAAUACCUAUACAAGAAAGGGAAAUAAUUUCUAACGAAGAAAUAGAAUCAAACAUUGAUAUUCCAAAGGAACAGAAAUUUGAUAAUUUAGUAAACUUCAACGAAAACAUCAUUGAAGAAAAUUUCAAAAUUAGCAUAAAUCACCUGAACUAUCAACAACAAAAAGUGAUUGAUGACUUAAUAGAAACCAAUAGAUCUGUAUUUGCAAAGGACAAGUAUGACAUCGGGACGGUAACA